GAGACGCAGUCAUCAGAUCACAGCAGCCCUUUCACAAUGAAAACCAAACAGCAUGCUCCCGUCAGCUGAGACACACUGACAGUAAUAUUCAUCAGGCUCAGUCAACCAGUCGUCACCACCAUCGCUUAUACAGCUAUGCCCAUCGCGGAGCUUUUGGGAGUCCAGUUCGACAUGCAGCUGCUGUUGAAACUGAGUCUCUCCGUGGCUGCGGUGCUGCUGGUGUCAUGGGCGUACCGGUUCUACAGCUCCCGGGACACGACGAAAACUCAGCUCUGUGUCGAUGGCAACAAAGAGCCAGGAAAAGCCACCUGCCAGAACUGCAAGACGACUUUACCGUGUCAAAGCUCACCAAGACACGACACCGAUGAUGGGGGACCCUCGCACCCAGCCACUGAUGACCUGACAUGUGACAGCACCGAGGAAACACCAGCAGCAGCACAUGGAUGCCAAGCUGAUACGAGUGAGGAUGCAUUUUGUAUGUCAUGCAGUGACCAAAAUUCCAGCAUGAUAGAAGAGAUACUCCCUCAUCAGACGCAGGCAGAGGUUGCCACCAGUAAUAUUUCUUUUGGAUCUGCUUUGAACUUUCCGCAUCCAACUAAGAGUGGGAUGGCCAGUACAACGGGGCGCCGCUCCCCGUGCUUUCUGAAGAAGCUGGAGGGCAGUGUGGGCGUGGGCAGGGAGUUAAGGCAGGACUUGGAGCGCCAGGGGGCCUACUCGAGCUUCCUCUCCAAGGCAGAGAUCAAAGUGGAGGAUGCUAACGUGGUGCUGGAGGAAACAGGAGACCAGAUUGUGCGCGGAAAGAUAUAUGAUUACUAUGUUGAGUCUUCCUCUCACUCUAUUACAGACUCAAACACAGCGCCUGGUCAGUAUGAGAGGAACUCUGAGUCACAGCCAGUGGAGCGUGGAAGUCGUGGCAGCAGCCUCGCAGAAUCCCCUUCCUCUCUGAGCCCCAUCAUCAUGCGUGAUCUGGUUUUACCUCAAAGCACUGUUGAGGAUCCCUUCUCGCCAGGAAGCCUCAAGCUGAGGCACCCCACAAGGCCUGCACUCCUACGCAAGGAGAGCUAUCUGUCUGCGGCAGAGCAGUCUGAGCUUUCCAUCCCUUUCCUAAACGCGAGUGCCUCAACUCCAGUGACUCACUCUCUGUCCUCAUCCCGCACUGAGUGCAACUCUGCUCACCCUGUGAUCCGUCACUCUACAGACAGUAAGGGCCUUAAUGUGAGGGAGGGGGCAGAUCUACAGGCUGUAGAGGCAUUUUCACACCUUCCAGCAAAACCUCUCGACAGCACAGAUUUGGAAAGCUUGAAGAGUAAACUUGAUCUGGGUAACUGUUUGGAGACGCUGUGUCUGGCCAAGAAACAUGGCCAGACCUCUGUGCAGCAAGCAGCCAUGGGAGUCAUGUCAGACAACUACCUCCAGGUGCUUAGGGACCCCAACCUUUACGGGCGGCUAAUGGCUGGCGAGCGAGAGCAGAUCCAGAAGCAGAGAAUGAGAGGGAGAAGCUUUGUCAUGGUGGCAGAUAUGGACCCUCAAGACUGGGCGAGUAACACAGGAGGCCCGGCGGCAGAGACGGAGCAGAGCAGGACGUCCAGUGCAGUGUACUAUUAUGAUGACUACAAAGACGCCUGGCAUACACUCUGCCUCAUCCCACAGGAGGUCAUCUCUAAAGCCUGUGCCAUGUGCACAAUGGAUAACUACUUAUUUGUGGCAGUGGGCUGCCAAGGCACGGACAGAGAAAUGAUACCCUCAAAGCGAGUGUUUUGCUACAAUCCUUUGACAUCCAUUUGGAAGGAGAUCAGUCCGAUGAAUGAAGCCAGGCCCCGCUGCAAACUGGCAGCUCUGGAGGGCUACAUCUACGCCAUCGGUGGGGAGUGCCUGUCCUCAGUGGAACGCUACGACCCGCGAUUGGACAGAUGGACUUUUGUGGCUCCACUGCCUAAUGAUACAUUCGCUGUGGCACAUCACGUCACAGUGUGCAGAGGAGAGCUUUUUGUUUCUGGGGGAACUCUUAGAUAUAUGCUGCUGCGCUACAGCCCCAAAACCAACACCUGGAAGCCGAGUCUGUUGGUAGGCAGCAAGGACAGAACUGCAGAUAUGGUAGCCGUGGGGAGGUUUCUCUACCGGUUUGAUGUUAACCCGCUGCUGGGCGUGAGCGUGUACCGCUACCACACAGUGGCUCGGCUGUGGUACGAGUGCAGCUCCAAAAGGCUCCAGCACUGCCCUGCCUUUCAGUGUGUCACGACGGACAGCACAAUCUAUUGUGUCAGCCGCCAGUUCACCAUGAAGUUUGAGGCUGAUGAGAUCUCUCCAGGUUUCAGAGAUGAGAAUUCGAGUGUCCUCUCCGCAGCAAAGGGCAUACUUUUCCCCUUUGUCCUCUCGCUCCCUGAUAAGACGCCUCGGCAGACCAGUGUAUAAGGAGGAUUCAGUUUUCCAUUAAUGAUAAGAUUAGCUGGUGAUGGAGUAUCUCUACUGCCUCAACCUUCUUGUUGACUGGGUGGCUUUGCUCGGGUUUAUGCUCAACCCAGCUCCAAAUUUUAUUGCAAAAUUGUAAUCACUGUUUGUCUUGUUUUUUCAGGUGUUAUUACGAUCAUAUUUCCACAAAGCCACAAAGCUUCUGUUUCUUAAACCCCUUUAUUUCCUGAAUUGGGUGUCGCACAAAGAAAUGUGUGUUCCUUUUGUCUCGGCCCCUGGCAGCCGAUGUAAAAUAUUAGACUCUUAACGCUAGUCAAACUACUGUUUGCUUAGAUUUACGCAGGAUGUGCUGCCAUGUAAAUUGUUUGCUUCUUUGAUUUGCCACUCCUUCCUGCCAUUAUGUUAGUUUUAUAUCAUUCCAGAUGCUUAACCUCUUUAGAUAAUUCAUAAAUAAAGUCUCAGAGUAAAUGAGCUCAUUCAACUCUAACACAUUACAAAGAUUGGGCAAUAUAGUGCUAAUCUAUCACCGUGCUCCGCCGUGUAGGGCACAGAUAUAACUUACACAGUGGCCUGGAUACAAUGCAAUUAUCUACAGUUGCUCUUUAAAUAUGGCAGGAUGUAAAAUAGCUUUGUCAGACAAUAUAAAUAGGUGGGCUUCUGAAAGCAUUUGUCACUACUUUUGAAACUCUUCCAAACUUGCUGUUAUUUUUGUAGUUCCAGUCGCUGUGCUUUGGUGGCCAGAAAGACGUGUAUUUGUUCUAAUCUUGACUGAGCAGAGUCUUUGUUCAUUGUACCAACUGAAUCUCUUUUUGUUUUGUUCUUUUGUUUCAUAAACAUCAAAGAAAUGUGUUAUUCACUGCAUAUUAAUCCUCAAUUAAUGAAUAAGGGUAUUAAAGCCAAAUGUUUAUUUCCAGUUUUUGUGUGACCUGUAACUAAUGAUAGGAUAACACGGGGACAAUCUAAACACUUGUGGUUUAUUUUUUUAAAGUGCUGAGCAGUUACAUUAAGAAUGGAAAUAUGCAUAAGAAUGAUACACACAAUAAAUC